AUAAAUCGGUUCAAAUAUGUAACUUUGUUAUCUCAUCUUUAUUUUCCUUUUAUUUUUUUAAAAAAACUAAUAUAGUUUUCCUGUUUUGUCCAAACGCUGAUAUUGAAAGUGCAAAACUGUUGAUACAUAUUUAUACAAAGAAAGAAAAGGAUGCCUAGUGAGAUUGAGAAUUGUGAGACUGUUGUUAGAGACCCUCGUCCGGUGGUUAGGAAAUUUUUGGCUAGGCAACAACACGAAGGGUUAGGUGCCAUUGUUAGAAGGAGUAUUGGCAGAUUUGAGCUCAAAUACUUUGAUCCUUUUCUUGCUUUGGAUGAAUUUUCAGUUACUGCUCCAGCUGGGUUUCCUGAUCAUCCACAUAGAGGGUUUGAGACAGUGACCUACAUGUUACAGGGAGCUGUGACACAUGAGGCUGGCGAUCUGCAAUGGAUGACUGCAGGAAGAGGAAUUGUUCACUCUGAAAUGCCUGCAGCCCAGAGAACCCAAAAGGGUCUACAAUUAUGGAUCAACCUCUCCUCCAAAAAUAAAAUGAUUGAACCAAGGUAUCAAGAAAUGUUGAGCAAGGACAUAGCAGAAGUAGAAAAAGAUGGAAUAAAGGUAAGAGUGAUAGCAGGGCAUGCCUUAGGAACCAAAUCACCCAUCUACACAAGAACACCAACCAUGUACUUAGACUUCACUCUUAAGUCAGGAGCACACCUUCAACAACCAAUACCAGUAUCAUGGAAUUUAUUUGUGUAUGUCUUAGAAGGUGAAGGAAUCUUUUGUGGAAGCGAUGGUGGUUCGAAGCUGAUCUCGCCGGUGACAGCUCACCACCUUCUUCUCCUAGGAUCUGGGGAUGGAUUGGAGGCUUGGAACAAGUCUUCAAAAUAACUUAGAUUCAUCUUAGUUGGAGGAGAACCAUUAGGUGAGCCACUUGCUCAAUUGGGCCCAUUUGUGAUGAACACACAAGAAGAAAUUAAACAAACAAUUGAUGACUUCGAUAACUACACUAAUGGAUUUGAGAAGGCAAAACAUUGGAGAUCUGAAGCUGCUACUGCACUUGGAUUUUAGCUCUUUAAUUUCUUACCAUUUCGGAAGAAAAAGAAAUAUU